CGCACCUGCUGUGCACAGCAGGGGAUCCCCCUCCCUUAUUUGUUUGAAGAGUGGAAGAGGAAAAAAACCGAAGGGUUGGAGCGAAGCUGAGCAGUUGCCGUUAUCCACAUUCUCUCUCUAUAUCUACCGGUUUCUCUCUCCAUCCGUUUCUCGGUCAACUAGUUUAGGGUUUUUCAUAUCCUCCAACGAGCUGACGAAGCCAUGGUGUCCGAUUCGAUCCCCAACGCCUCCAUCGCCUCAUCCAACCUUAGGGAUUUCGCCAAGAAGAAGAGGGCAAACCGCUCCGCUAAAUUGAAGCAGUGCAAGCUUGAUGCUCGUCGUGAGCAGUGGCUUUCUCACGUGAAAAAUAAGGGUGAUUAUAAGGGGGAAACCAAUGGUGGAGUGAUUGCAUCCAUUGGGGCAUCUGUGCAUUUAGAAAAUCAGAUGAGACAACCGAUAGGUAAACUGAAGAUUAAGACGAGAAGUGAGGAGGGGAUUUAUGGAGAUGGAUCAUCAAUGCAUCAUUACAGUGACUCAGAUUCCAUACAGUCCAAUAGCCCAACCAGCCUUACCAGUAGUGUUUUGGGCAGCAAUGAUUCUGGGGCCAAUUUCACUGGAAGCAGCAGAAGCAGUAGUAGUACUAAUGGUUCUUGUUCAGGGAACAUGAGCGAGGAAGAUGAAGGGGAUGCUGGCUGUGAUGAUUGCUUGGAUGAUUGGGAAGCCGUUGCUGAUGCAUUGGCUGCCACUGAUGACAAGCAGAAGGAUUCCCCUUCUUCCGAGAAUCACGAACAUUCUACAGAGUCUGGUUCUCCGGUGGAUGCAAGUGACCAGAUGUUUUCAGGGAUUAAUAUCCCUCGGAUCCAUACAGCCAAUGCUAAUUCAGAGAGUGGAAGAACUGAUAAUCGGAGGGCCAUGAUAAAUUGUUGUGCUUGGAGGCCAGAUGAUGCUUGUCGUCCCCAGACCUUACCCAAUCUGGCCAAGCAGUACAGUUUUCCAUUGAAAUCCGAGCGCCAUCUAGACAGGGGUUCAGUAUGGGUCUGUAAAAGUGUUGGAACAAUCCCCAAAGCAUGUCCGAUAUGCUUUGAGGAUUUAGACUACACUGAUUCAAGCUUUUGCCCCUGUGCAUGUGGUUUCAGGCUCUGCCUUUUCUGUCACAAGAGAAUUCUUGAGGAGGAUGCCCGUUGUCCAGGCUGCAGAAAGAAGUAUGAGGUUGAACCUAUUGAUGGAGAGGCGACACUGGACGGAGGCAGCAUAACAUAUCGAUUGGCUCGUUCUUGUAGCAUGGUUGCAAGGUCUUGAAGUCUCUGUUUCUUAAACUUGUAUGUUGGGUCUCUCUUUCUGCGGCAUGUCUUGCGUGCAUUCUUACUAUUAGACUGUUUUUGGACAUCGUAGAGAUGUUGGUAUAUAAUAUAUAUUGAAGUUCAGGAUACUAAUCUUUUGUUCAUGAGUUUGCUUGGUAUAUCUUGUACCUGUGCUUAUGCGAUGUAGAGACCUAUUAAUUAUUAUGUGAAUAGAUAAAAUGACAGAGAAAUGAAAUACAUGUGGUUCUA